AUGGAACCGCUAAUUUUCGAAGACGAAGAAUCUCGAUUUUUCGAUGCGUACGAAGAAAUCGCGUCCUGUUCCACUGCAAUCGAGUACGAUGAAUCUCCAUCUUCGUCGAUUCCGAUCGAUUUCCAGUACCAUGUUUGGAUCAAAAGCCCAGGAAACGCUGAGGAACGUCGAGAGAAGUUCUUGAACUGGAUGGGUGUAAGUAGUGUGACACAAACUCAUCACGAAUCAGGCAAUGUAGAUCAUCGUUUCUCUAGCUCGGUUAGCGAAUCAGCGGUUUUACGGAGUUUGAAAUCAGACGAUGAGUUUAGCUCUUGUCGUUGUGAUUCUUCUUUGUUUAGUCCGAGGGAGAAUGUAGAUAGAAUUGUGCAGGAGAGCUUUUGUAAAGAGGAAGUAGUUGGGGAUGUAAGUAGUGGAAUGGUUUUGAGGGAUUUGGGUUUUGUCGAUGAUAUUAGCUCUAGCCUUUGUUCUGGAUCACCUGUAUCGGGUUUAACAGAUCGGAUUUUGGAGGAAAACAGUGAAGCGGUUGAACCUAAGUCGCCGAUUUCCGCUGCAGAACAUCGGGAUGUAGGUGGAAUCAUGAAGAGGGUUAAGGAUAUAUGGUUGAGUCGGCUGAACAAAGUGCGUAAUAAGCAUAAAUCAGGAGAUCAUGCUGGUGAAGUUGCGGAUUUCGGGAGUAGGAUUGAGAGAGUUAAGGUGAAGGAGUAUAAAAAGGAGGCUAAGGAGCUUUCUGCUCUUUUUAAGGGUCAAGAGAUACAAGCUCAUGAAGGAGCGAUUCUCGCUAUGAAAUUUAGUCCUGAUGGGAGAUACCUUGCAAGUGCUGGUGAAGACGGGGUUUUACGGGUUUGGAGCAUUGUUGAAGACGAAAGAUGUGAAGAACAUGACGUUCCCAAGAUUGAUCCUUCUUGUAUAUACUUUGAAGUUAGCAAACUUUCUGAGUUGAGACCUGUGGCUGUAGAAAAAGAUGGCAUUACUGGGUCAUUGAUGAGUCCAAGGAAGACAACAGAGUCCGCUUGUGUUAUUAUUCCCCCAAAGAUCUUCCGAAUUCUUGAUAAACCCGUUCAUGAGUUUCACGGUCACAGUGGCGAUAUUCUUGAUAUAUCAUGGUCCAAUAACAAUCGUCUAUUGUCAGCUUCAGUAGACAAUAGUGUUCGGCUUUGGCAAAUUGGCUGUGAGGACUGUCUUGGAAUAUUCUCUCACAGUAACUAUGUGACAUCUGUUCAGUUCAACCCGAUUGAUGAUGAUCACUUCAUCAGCGGUUCGAUAGAUGGAAAAGUUCGUAUCUGGUCAGCUUCUCAGUGCCAAGUUGUAGAUUGGGCUGAUGCCAGAGGCAUUGUAACCGCAGUUUGUUAUCGCCCAGACGGGCAGGCAGUGAUUGUUGGCACUUUGACGAGCGAGUGUCGCUUCUACAAUGUAUCGGGCCACUGCCUUCAACUCGAUGGUCAUAUAUGUCUGCAUAACAAAAAGAAGUCAUCAAAUAAACGAAUAAUCAGCUUUCAGUUUGAUUCCACUGAUCCAAGCAGAUUCAUGGUGGCAUCCGCAGAUUCACAAGUCAGGAUCAUUAGCGGUCGCAACGUUGUUCAUAAAUACAAAGGAUCUCGAAAUGCUGGAAAUCAGAUAUCGGCAUCUUUUACAGCAGACGGAAAGCAUAUUAUAUCGGCGUGUGAUGACUCCUCCGUCUACGUCUGGAACUGCAUUGCAAACGAUCCCGAACCGCCAUCUCCUGGUUUCUUCUCCUACACGAAACGGCUUAAGAUCCGAUCCUUUGAGAAAUUCUCCGCAGAUGUCUCGGUCGCUAUCCCAUGGUGCGGAUUCGCCCCCGUAAACUCCAGCGGAUCCGAGCUAUCACCAUCACUCUUCUCGUUGGGGCGCGAGUACGUUCUCGAUUCUCCUAAAGGAUCUGCGACUUGGCCUGAGGAGAAGCUAGCAAGCUCGUUUUCUCCGGUUAAAGCGAUCCGUAGAUCGCAUUAUAGAUUCCUCCGAUCUUCGUGCCGGAGAACUUCCGAGUCUUCUCAUCUUUGGGGAUUGGUUAUAGUCACCGGAGGGUGGGAUGGACGGAUCAGACUCUUUCACAACUAUGGUUUGCCGGUUCCAGUUUGA